AUGUCCGCAGUAAAUGCAGGAAGCCAAUAUUUUCCAGGACCAAAACAAGACAUGGACGUGGUUCGUUGUGAUGGAUGCUCCAAUCAGGUUGAUAUCUACUGCCGAAGUUGCGACGCCAAGUUUUGUGGAGAAUGCGCAGGCAAACAUCUUACGAGCUACCUUUCCAAAGUCCAUGAUAUCGUUCCCUACGCCGAGCGGUAUGUCAAACCUAUCGCUCCACGCUGUACUUGUCAAGAAAAAAUGGAGUGUAUUAUGUUCUGCCAGAUGUGUAAUUGUCCUAUAUGCGGGAAAUGUCUUCUGGGUCCACAUCAGCAACAUGCUGUAUCGGACCUCUCUGAAAUAUGCGAAAGUCAGCGUCAAAUUAUCCAAAAGGAAACCUGCUAUCUGGAGAGUUCUUUUCGAGAAACGUUGACAAAAUUGAUGUGCGAGUUGCAGGAAAAGAAAAAUAAAGUGCCUCAACAGUAUGACCCAUUGCUAAAGAAAAUACAGCAUCACGGCAAGAAAUGGCAUGAAGUUGUAGAUUGCGUUAUUAGCCGCCAUAUUGAUGACGUAGAUAAGAUCAAGCAACGUCAUUUGUCAUCCAUUGAUGAUACCAUUGUAACACUCAAGGGGCUUCUAGUCAGAACUGAGAACGUUCUGACAGACAAUCUGAGAAUCUUGAAGAAUAACAAAGCAGAAGAAAUUCUGAAAUAUGAAAGGGGCCUUGGGGAAUUUAAGAAAAUUCCAGAGUAUACUGAAUUCGAAAUUCCUCAGUUUACACUCAGGCCAGUCAAGGUUGAAGAUAUUUUUACAAAGUUUGGGUUUCUGACUCCUGAACCUAAAAAUCAAGACAGAAAUGUCUUCGUUCCUGCAGAGGUAAAGCAAACAUUCGAAACAAUUAAAAGUGGCUUCCCUUCAGACAAUCUGGUAGCAUGCGUCUCAAAGGAAGAAGUUUGGAUCACUGGUAAAGAUAAAAUAAUGAAGCGUUUUGACAGCCAAAAUACUCUUUUAGAGACAGUUGAUACGUUAACGGGAAAUUGGCCCUGCGAUGUAUGUUUGACCAAACAUGGAGAUCUUUUGUAUAGCGACUGGAACGAUAGGAGUGUGAAUCUUGUAAAUGGCGGGAAAAUUAAAAGAAUUGUUGCACUGGACGGGUGGAAACCUUCAGGAAUUUGUCCCUCGUGUGUUGGCGAACUUCUGGUGUGCAUGCAGAGUCAUAAUGAGCACGAAAGCAAGGUUGUUCGAUUCUCGAAGUCCGUUGUAAUACAGGAAAUACAGUACGAUAGCAAUGGGAAGCCUCUUUAUAGCAGUGGCGGUUACACGAUGUUUAUAGCUGAAAAUAGAAACUUGGACGUCUGCGUGAGUGACUUUCGAGCACGUCAGGUUAUAGUGGUGAGUAAGUGGGGCAAACUUCGCUUCAAGUAUGACGGAAAAAUCAGCUCAGAACGGGCUUUCUCACCAUAUGCCACUGACACAGACAAGAUGUCGAGGAUAUUUAUAGUGGACAGCGGAAGUCGUUGUAUCCACGUGAUUGAUGCCGACGGCCAUUUUCUCGCCUUCAUUCCAGCAUGCGGGAAUAUUGAACCGCUUGGACUGAGCAUGAAGGAUGGCGUUAUGUUCGUUGGAAGUGGCAAUAGUGACAUUGUUAACUGUAUGAAGUACAAUAAUUACAUAUAA